AUGCUUGUGGAAAUGAUUCGUCUUUGCCGACGAUUUCCAACUCGUGAUACCGAAUUCAUUGCGGAUUAUUUGUUACGAAAGCAUUAUAGGCAUGUUAAUUCUUAUAAACUAACAAAUUUGCAACAAUGUAUAGACUUUUACAAAGGACAAGUUUUGGAACCAUCUUGUACAACUGACGUAAUUUCUGGACCAAAAACUGGAUUAGAUGAUUUAUAUGUUGACGUCGUUAUUCAUACCGAACGAGUUGCGCAUAAAUUUUCGAAACAUAUGCAAAGACAUGAAAUUUUCGAUGUUUAUAUGGAAGUUCCCCAACACUCUAUACGUUUAAAAGAGGUGAAGGAUUUAUUUUAUCCCAACGAAGAUACAAAGGGCAAGUCUCCUCGCAAGAUUCUGGCCGUUGGACGUCCCGGAAUAGGAAAAACAAUUUUGACUGAAAAAGUCAUGCGUGAUUGGGCUAAUGGAGUUGAUAAAUUUUAUCGUCGCAAAAUUGUCUUCUACUUUAAGUUUAGAUGGUUUGAUUCAAACGAAUUGGAAGACCUAUCUCUCAAGGCGUUUCUUCGUUAUGGAACAGGUCUAAGCGAUGAAAAAUUUGAAAGAAUUUAUAAAGAUAUAACAAAUCGCCCAGAAAAAGCCAUUCUGAUUUUUGAUGGUUUAGAUGAGUUUAGUGGCAACGUCGACUGUUUAGACCACUUACCGCCUCCAAACGAUCCUAGUAUUUGCAUGUCUGGGAUUUCAUUGUUUUUAAAACUGAUUUCUGGUCGCGUAUUGCCAAAGGCAACGGUUUUGGUAACGAGCAGGCCUACUGCUAAUGAGUUUUACUCUAGGCUUACUUUCGAUAGAACUGUUGAGAUUCUUGGUUUCACUUCAGACAAAAUUGAAACAUAUGUGAGCCAAUUUUGUAACAAUAAUAACAGAAGCGAUCUAAGACAAAAGAUUUGGAACCACAUAAAAUCCUCGUCGGAGUUGUUAAAUUUAUGUUACAUUCCUGUAAAUUGCUGGAUUGUUUCUACAAUCUUGUUUGAAUGUGUUAGUGAUCCUAGAAAUGAGACCGGUGCUGUACCGACAACAGUCACUGAACUUUAUCAGUUAGCCAUAACCUAUUUUGACAAGCAUCACAACAGAAAAUUGUCUGGACUAUCUUCUGAAGAAGCAAUUACGAAACUUCAAUCAUUGGCAUAUGAUGGAAUUGAAACCAGGGAACUGGUUUUUGAUGAGGAAUCAUUGGAUGAAGAAAUGAAAAAUUCUGGUUUGUUGAACAGUUUAUCGAACGCUAUUAACACACAAUUUUGUUUCAUCCAUCUAACUAUACAAGAAUUUCUUGCUGCAAGGCACGUGACUGAAACGUUUUCUCCAGAAAAGAUCAAGGAGUUUAUUUUAUCCCAUAUUGAAAAUGGUAAAUGGCAUUUAGUGCUUCAGUUUAUUUCUGGUCUGUUGGGCAAGAAAACUGGCUUUAAGUAUUGUGUUUUGGCGUUCGCAGAAAGCUUUAUUUGUAGAGAUGGUAGGCUUAAUGUUCCAAAUAACAAUGCGUUGUUUGUAAUGAAAUGUUUGAGAGAGGCGGAUGAUGAAGACAUUGCUAAACAAGCUUGCGAAACAACUGGUAUGAAUGAUGUCGUGAGCUUAACAAACAUUGGCGAAUCAACCUUGACCUCAAGUGACUGGGCAGCAGUGACUUUUGUUUGCAAACACAUGAAGAAAUUAACGAGAUUGUAUUUCGUGCUCUCUGACUUGACAUGUUAUCUGGAAGUUAAUAAAUUGCUGAAAGAAAGAUGUAUUAAAGAACUGGUGUUGCAGGGUUUUUUAUAUGAUCACAUAGAAGCGAGAUAUCUAUUUAAAGCAAUAGUGGAGUCAAAUUGUUCAUUGAAGCACGAACAUGUUAAGCUUACGAAGAUAUAUAUUGACGGUUUUCGCGUAACCAAUAAAGAAAGUUCAACCAUGAUGUGUGAGUUUUUCAAAAACGGACAUGCAAGUUGUCUCGAGGAAUUAUCCCUCACAAGAUGUGAAAUAAAUUCACGUGGAGUAUCCAUACUUUGUGAAGUCCUUAACAAUAGACUAUGUCCGGAACUGACAUAUCUGGAUCUUCUGGGAAAUAGCGUUCUUGAUGAGGGUGUAGCAGCGUUAUGUAACACUUUUAUUGAACAGAAGCUAUGUACGAAGCUGUUUCUUUCUGGUUGUUCUCUAACUGAUGAUUGCAUACCUUCCUUGUGUGAGUUACUCAGAGAUAAACUUUGCAACCUGACUGUUUUGUCAUUCGCAUAUAAUAAAGGUAUAAGUGAUGAAGGGUUACGUGUGUUGUGCCAAUCUGCUUUAAGAACAGAGCAUUGUAAACUUUUGAAGUUGAACGUGUCCGGAUGUUCAUUGACAGAUGACUGUAUACCCGAGCUACGCAAGGCAUUGCAAGAUGAACAUUGUAAACUUAUUGAAUUAAAUCUUGAUAAUUGUUCAUUAACGGAUAAAUGUAUAUUCGGUGUAUGUGAGACACUGGAAGAUGAACGCUGUAAACUGACUGUAUUGUCUCUAGAAGAGAAUAAAGGUAUAAGCGAUGAAGGUUUACGCAUGUUGUGUAGAUCUGCUUUAACUAUGGAGCAUUGUAAACUUAAGGAAUUACGCAUGUCUUAUUGUUCAUUAACAGAUGACUGUAUACCCGAUCUACAUAAAGCAUUGCAAGAUGAACAUUUUGUGCUAAAUGAUUUGCGUCUAGAUGGAAACAAGUUUUCUAAGGAAGGCAAGAAGUACCUUCGUGAAAUAGAAAUACAUGAACAUUGUAAAACUAGAGGUUUGAAAAUACAG